CUCAACUCUCGUCGUCCGUACCGAUCCAUCGUGUUAUUCCACGGCAAGUGGCCACAUGGCGAUGCUCGGAGCUGCGAACAGUUUCGUGGGUGCCGUCUGGUGAGCGCGCGUCAUCUACGUUCGACCGGACGACGUGCGUCUUGCCGUUAACCUAUCCCCCUAUCAGUCUCUCCCUCUUCUCCACUCGUCCAGCCCUGUCUCUUUCGCGUACGCGUGCCGUGCGCGACACCAGGGCAUUGGGGAAACGCGAACCUAGUGCUGGUGGCCAUGCGUCUAUUCCCGCUGUUCAACCGCAGCAUCAGCAAGGUUUGACCCGCUCGGUCGUUUGCGAACGUUGGAACGCUCCAGCCAUGAAAACUGAAAAGAAGCCCAACGAGCCCAGCUGUUGUCCACCUACCACGGUUGUCAAGGAUGAACCUGACGCCGACCCUGUUAAAAUUAAGGAAGAAGGCACGGGUGGAAACGACGAUGCGACUGGAGAGGACACCUCCGAGUGCCCGAGAGAUCCUUGCUUGGAUCCGUCUAACGGCGAAGGUACCAUGUCUGGGGAGAAUCAGAAUGCUAAUGGGACGCAGCCCAUCCUGAAUUCGGUCAAGCAGGAAGGAGACCCUAACACGCCCGCCGACGAACUACCUGAUUAUAGUGGAAAUGUUAUUACAGCGGACAGCAUUCAACCACUUGUCAGUAAUGUUGUGGGAAAACAGAUGGGAACUGGUACGAGCAGCGGGGAGGCUCAAUACAUGCAACAGCAGAGUCAGAUUUUUGUAUUUUCUACGACGUUGGCAAAUAAAGCCGCAGAGACGGUGUUGAGAGGCGAAUAUUCUACGAUCAUCGCUUAUCAUUGUGCACAACCAGGCACUAAAAAAUAUUUGGAGAAACAUCCAAAUAAAGUAAAUCAAUUUCGACAAAAUCCUGCUCAAUGGUUAAAUAAUCUUGCUAUGAUGAAACAGAAAGGCCAUCAGGGAAAUGCGAAUAAUACUUUCCCGACUGAACAACCCCCGGAUUUACCAGCGCUAGAUCCGAAUGCUCCACAAUUUUGGAACGAACAACCUAACUUGCGAAACAUAAACGGUGGAAACUCCCUCGGUAAUUCUGAACCAUCAUUGGAUGAUGGAAACAUAGACGUGCCUUGCCUUGUGCCGAAUUCACCUAAUUCAGCCAACCCUCAACCCGCUAAUAACGCUACCAUGGGCCACAGUCCAAAUUUGUUAGGUGGCACAACGAGCCCAGGCCCAGGAGGUUUACAACCGUCUCUCCAAGGUGUCAAAGUUCCAGACGAAAACUUGACGCCGAAACAAAGGCAGCACAGAGAAGUCCAACUGGCGACCUUACGAAAAAUGCAAAUGAUAUUAUUUCACGGUCACAAGGAGGAACAAACUGGCAAUGCUUUAACAGAUACGACGCAAGGAACGACGGUGUCGUGUCCUCCGACGAAUGUUCCUCCUGGUGUCCCAAAUCAAUGCUCUUCGUCUAUGGAUUGGCAUAAAUUGCAGCAUCACUUUCUUGAAGCAAAAAAUAAGACAACUGUCGGUAAUCCUGGUGCAGUACCAUUGCGCGGUGCCAAUAUGAUCGGAGUACCGCGAAGUCAAGGUCCGCCACCACCGUAUCAUCAAACGACUCGGUCCGCCAGCGUGCCAAUCGCGAUUCAAAGUCCGAAUCCAUCGUCGCCCAAUAAUCCAACCAGCAAUCUAUCGCUACCGUCACCCCGCGCAAGUUCCGCUCUGAAUUCACCGGCAGACUGCAACAGGCAGUUCCAGCUUGGUAAUCAGAGGACCAGCCAUCUGCCGGGGCAAAGCCCGACAAGUCAGGACUCUCCGAACCCGACCGUUUCCACGGCAGCCACAGCAGCCGUCUCGACGACGCGAUUGAACCACAGCAAUCCAGGAACACCAGUCUCUCAUUCCCAUAUUGCUGCACUUAGUCCUAGUGGUGCUACUGCUCAAAAGGAUGCUUCCCUCGAUUUUCCUACCAAUCAACAACCAAACGUGGACGGUAUGUUUUGCCGAACGCUACAAUCCUUAGCUCAACAGAAGCAGCAACAUGCUGGGAACGUUAAUGCAUCGGCCGUGAAGGAAGCAAAUCUGAUGCCAGUACCGAGCCCUCAUCAACUUCAAUACCUUAGCACGUUCGAGGGGCAGGAACUGACCAUUCAGAAACAACCCAAUACAAGUCUGAAGGAUGGCACGUCAUCUACGAACACCGGUACGUCUUCGGAGAUGCCCAACAGAAUCUUGCCAGGAAGUUUAGAUAGCAACAAUCAAUUCCCUACUAGAUCAGAGGGCGCGAGUCCUGUACAGAUGGACAGCAUGAACCGAGGCUUCACGGGUUCUCUGCAUAGUCCUCACACGCCACACACACCACACACGCCGGGCAGCGCCGCGCCGCAUACUCCAGCGGAUUCCGCGAAACCAGGCAACAAGUCCAGCGCGAGCGCGCAAAGUAGUCCGACGCCGCACAACACCAGCCUACCCGACAGUAUGGGUCCACCGCGAACGGUGCCGGCAUCGCCUACCAUGAAACCCGACACGUCACCACCGUCCGUAAAAGAUCAGCAGCAGCAGCAACAGCAACAGCAAACGCAGUCGCAGCAGCAACCACAGCAACAACAGCAGCAGCAGCAGCCUCCGCAACAGCAGCCUACGGUGGUAAAUCCGAAUACGUCUGGCAAUACGACGGUAGUGCCAUCGUUGAGCGGUGGUCCCCCCGGUGGUUCCUUCCCCUGCGGCAGGCCGUCCAUAAACGUUAGUCAACCAUCUGAUAACGUGCCUCUCAAUCCCAACAACAUUGGCGGUCGACUUGGUGGCUUGAACACCAUGGGUGCAACGUUCGAUCCGAUAACAUCCCUGGCGCAAAUGAGCCAACAGCUUACGAACACGGCGGCGAGCACGUCGCUGGGCAACGAGCCUAUGCAUUCCGGCAAUGCUGGCGGCAUGAUGCCGUUUGGUAAUCCACAUGCCGGCAUGCACAUGAUGCAGAUGGGCGGCGAGAUGAACGGGAGCUGUCACAUGGGUGCAACCAGUGGUGAACCCGGCAACGAGGUUGGCGGAAUGUGCAUGGGUCUUGCGGGUCCUCCAACGAGCUACAGCCCUACCACUUCGCAUACGGGCAGCCCCGGCGGAGUUCCCAGCAAGAUGGGACAUCCCGCCAUGAUGGGUGGUCACGGAAUAAUGGGCGGCCAUUCGGGCGUCGGUGCAGCCGGUGCUGGUUAUCCGGGCGGUGACCCUGGACACGCGCCUCCACCAAGAUUGAUAACCGGCCAUGGGGUUGUAGGGCCCAGUCCCUACAACGGCGCGAAUGUUCAAGUAAAGCCGAAUGCACCCAAUACCAUACAAUACUUGCCGGCCAGGCCAAACGUCGGUCACGCGCCUCGGGGCCCACCCAGUCUGGAUUUCCUUCAGCGAUUCACUAAUCCGCUGUCCAAUCUGGAGUCGAAAAUGGGAGGGACACCCUCCGUGAACCUUCAGUACUUCCCGAACGGUUGUGUGCCGAAUAGCAUGGGAGGUCCGCAUAGCGGUAUGCCGUCCAAUAUGAAUGCCGCCGGGAUCCCCGGUAUGGGUGCCUCACCUAGAAUGGAUGGCCAGUCCAUGAACUCUCCCGGCGCCAUGCACCCGUCCAUGAGACCGGUCGGCAACAUGCGACCGCAACCGAACUUGAUGCGGAUGCAGCAUAUGGUAGGUGGCGGCGUCUUCCCAGGCGGCUCCAUGGAUUCCGACAAAGUCUUCCCGCCCGACAUGGUGCCGCAAAAUCUGCCGAACCAGCCGAAUCCAGGCAUGUACGGCGUAUCCGGCAACAAGGCCAGUCCGAUGGGACUGGGACCGCCGCCCGACGCUACUCAGCCUCUACCACCGAGCAUGGGCGGUGCGACCAGCACGUUCAAAACCGGCCCGUUCGUCGGCAGCGGACCCAGCAUGUCCGACCCGAAUUAUGCUCAACAGUUUCACAACUUCCAGCAGCAACUUUACGCCACUGGUACCAGAGGCAGCGGGCCGCCGCAUCCUAAUCUGCAUCCACCGCCGAACUCGCACUCGCAUCAGCAAUUUUUCAUGCCGAAGUAAACGCUGCCCGGUAUUGAUUCAUAUCGUGACGACGACGAUGACGAUGACGAUGACGAGAACGAGAAUGACGACGGGAACAAGGACGAUUUUUACGGUGGCCUUUCAUCCCUCUUUUUCUCUCUUUCUCAAUAUCUCUUUUGCUCUCUUUCUAACUAUCCAUCUAUCUUUAUCUCUAAUCUUUCGUCUAUCAGGGAUGUUUCUAUUAAUCACGCGAGAUAGUUCUGGAAGUGUAAACUGUGCUAACGAUGAUGUAAAGGACAGGAAUAAUGAUGGGUAUUGACGAGCAUCGCUGAGUUACCUUCAAGGAUAAUCCUGACGACUGACGCGCGAAAAUUCUAGUUAACGUUUGAUUUGUGUAUGACAUUUAUGUAUGUAUUACAUAAAUUUUUUUUAUUUCGUUUUCUGUUUUUAAUUUCUGGGCCAUGACACCGAAUGUCGUGUUUCCAAAUCUGUUAUCCUGUUUUGGAAGUGUCGUUUCAAAUCGAAAUCUUCCGGAACUAUUUGUAAAUCCUAAAUGUUAACGGAGACGUAUGAAUAUUGUCCUACGCGUUCGUGUAAAUACUGAUGUACAAUCUGGUUUCUCCUUUUUUUUUCUUUUUUGUUUUGUAGGAGUCGUUACUUCAGCGAUCGAGAAGCACAUUGUUAGAUUAAGAAAUACGUUACUACACUCGAGUGUAAAAAAAAUUAAGAGAGGAAGAAAACAGGUGAGAUCUCUCCUCUCUUUUUGUGCUUUGUUCAUAAUGGUUGCUCGGGAUAAAGUAAUCGUAUGCAGAUGUGCAUGGUAUGAUGAGCAAGAGGAUUUUGGUACGUCGGUACCGUAAUUCAUCCUUCCUUUAUCACUAAAAUACUUAAACACAGUCAAACAAGCUCAAAUUUAUUAUUGUACAUAUAUACCAUAUACAUAUUAUACAUAUUAUAUAUAUAUAUAUUAUAUAUAUACCUGUUGCAACAUAAUCCUUCAAUAUCGCCCGUCCCCAACGUUCCUUCAUCAAUCCUCCCUAUGACCAACUCUGUGCAUAAUCAUGACUUCCCUCCCCCUUCCCUUACCUUGUAGUUUACAAUAUAAGGAAAGAAUUAAUUGAACUAAGAACAAUUAUGUUGUUGAUGAAUGAUUUUUAUUAUAAAUGAAAAAUAAAGAUAUUUACAAGAA